AUGUACGUCAACUCACAUACCACGACAGGUACUAACCACGUUUUAUUAUUUCUUUUCUCUCCCUCUCCACCCCUCGCAGGCGAACGGUUGAUCCAGUAUGCGAGCGAGAAUCUCGUCACGGAGAUCCUGAUCCAUCCGCAGAUCAACACCUUCAUCCAGUGCAUACGGAACCUGCUGAGCAGUUUCACCCGGCACCGACACAUCAUCCACACCGGGUACACUUUCGCCGGCAAUGGCUCCUGGGUCCUGCAGGACGGCACGUUCUCGGUGGUGGACUUCAUGGAGGCAUUCCGUGAGCACGAGGUACAACGGGUCCUGCGUGCCUACCCGGACACGAUCACCAUGGACGUGCACUGCGCCCCGGUCGGCAACUGGCAAGCCAUCCAGGACAAAUCCUUUGCCCGACUCUGUCGCAUCCGGCUGAAUCCGGUGGAUGUGCUGAGCUCGGGCAGCGACAAGUUGAAUGCAUUCGUGGACUAUCUGGCAUCGAUGAUCGUACCGACGGAGAUCUCUGAACUUUUGGAAAGCUCCGACGUGGUCGGCAACAUCCGCUUCAGCCAUCCGACGCUGUAUGUCUUCCCCGGUGGACAAGGUGACGCCGCUCUGUUCGGUAUCAACGGGUUCAACAUGUUGGUUGACGGAGGUUUCAGUCGAAAGUCAUGCUUCUGGGACUUCGUUCGCCACCUGGAUCGUUUGGACGCUGUUCUGAUGACGCGCAUCAACAACACCAACAUCAAGGGUAUCUCGGCUGUAGUUGAGCGGAAACAUGAAGCUCACGUCUAUCCACAGAUUGGACACUUCUUCUGCAACAUUCCAGAGCGGAAAGGACUACUGAGCCCCGAUGGUGACAAGGAUCGCGAUCCUUUGCUGGUAGAUCUCAUCGAAGAAGGUCACCAAAUAGUGACUAACUUGAAGACCUUGAACCUGAAAGCACAAAACUGCUACAGAGAUGCUGAGCCCAUCAACCUGUAUCACAAGGUCGGACACGGAACAUUGGACAUGUACGUCAUAAGCCCAGCAAAGGAUUCUAAAGAAGUCAAAGAAUUCCUUGCCAAGUGGAAUGCAGCCGAUCCAAAGUUAUUUGCCCCAAGAGAUUCCAAAGAAUUCGUUUUCCCAAUGCAGAACAUAAUAUCAAUCUGCGCACUGCUGGUUUGGACCCCGGCUAACCCGGAGGACAACAUCACCAGAAUUCUCUUCCCUGGAUCCGCACCAGAGUACAAAAUUCUCGAAGGACUAGAAAAAAUGAAGAACGUAGAAUUCAUGCGACAACCGGUUUGCACAGUCAAGUCAAUCGCGCCGAGUCUCUCGACGCAAGUUCUCACCAAGAAAUCACUGAAAUCAUCAUCCAUCGAUAAGAUCAUUCCCGAGCCAAUCCUUCCGUCCAAGUCAACGAAACCAUCUGAGAAGGAUAAUAAGAUUUUAGACAACAAGAUGAAGAUGAUCGACAACAAGCUGGCCGAUUCAACCAAGAGUUCCUCGGACAUGAUGGAUAGCUCGGCGGAUGAAGCCAAGCUUGAGAAACACAUAACAAAGUCAAGCGUCGCUACCGUCGCCACGGCCAAGGUUACCAUAAGUAAAUCCAAGGUAAUCAAAACGACGUCUACUGAAUCGACAAAGAAGAUCGAUAGUAUGUUGAUCGAAACAAGUAAAAAGAUUGACCUAGACGAGAAGAAAGACUCUUCUGACGCAGGCUCCGACAAAGAUGAAACUGAGAAGAAGGUAGCCGCAGAAGAAGCAGUUCCCGAAAAGAAACUCGACAAGAAAGACGACGAAACCAAAGACUCCAAGAAAGACGAAUCACCAGCUGCUAAGGAGGAGACCAAGGCAACCAGAAAGGUUUCGGAAAAAUCAAGCAGACUAGCAACAGCUCGUCCCAGAAUUGAUACCAAACCGCCGAAACCGGCAGCUAAACCAAUAAAGAAGAAAGAAGAAACUAACAAGUCUUCACCCACAACGCCAAAGAAAACCGUCGAACCCAAGCUUACCAACGGGCAUUCAAAGGACGAUGAGCCAAAGAAACCUUCAGCUCCUCCAAAAACCACGAAACCCGUGACCACUAGACCCGGUAAGGCAAGUCCGAAGAGUACACCAGCUAAAAGUGCUAAGGAUGCUAAUAACCGCAAAGUCCUAGAAGCACGCCAACGUCCGGCUGCCAAACCCGCUCCAGCAAAGAAAGAUUCGGUAGAGAAGAAAGAUUCACCUCCCAAGAUCGAACGUAAACCUAUUUCUCGUCGUCCACGAGGACCGACAUCGGCCACCGCCGUCGGAGGAAGUCCUGUCAAGGCGAAAAAAGUUCUCAAAUCCGAAAAGGAUGCCGUAAUUCGCAAAGCUAAGCUAGAUAAGAACGGUACCACCGAUUCCAGUCUGGUGUCCACACCAAGCGCUGACGAAGCCGGCAUUGCAGUACAAAAACGCAUCGUCGAUACUACGGCAUCAGCAGCGGCAGGUGCUUCCGAUAUGGACGCCAUCCAGCAACAACAGUUGGCUGAGCUCAAGGAGGAACAAGAAGCAGUCCGAGAAAUUGAGGCCGUCUUCAAACGUGACUCCGAAAAGGUAAAACGUCGCGAAGUUCUCUCCGAGCACCGUGAGAUCCAAGAUAGCACGACAGAACCGGAAGAAGAGGAAGAGUAUCUGAUCAUUGAGAAGGAAGAGCAGUACACCGAAGACUCCAUCAAUGAGCCGGAAAGCAGCGCAACGAAGGAAGAGGAAAUCCAAAAACAUCAGCGAGAUUCGCAAGAAUCGGAGAAGUGUAAGCGCGAUAGCAUGGAAGGUGAAAAGCAAGAAAAGGCCGAUGUUGGAAAGAUGGAAGGAGAAACCGCUACUGUAGUGGAAAUUAUCGAAGGUGAGAAAGUUGAAGAAGAACAGGCUGAAGAGACCCAUCAAGACAACAAAGAAACAGUCUUGGAGAAAGAAGCUAUUGAAGAUGUAAAAGAAGAACCCAAAGAAGCGGAAAAACUAUCACCCAAGCACAAGCAAGAUAUCGAAGAAGAAGUUCAAGAUAUCAUUGCUUCUGCGAAGGAGAUUGCCAAAUCCAAGAUGGAAACCUCCAUGGAUGGGUUGAAAACGGAAGAAAUGUCAUCAAUCAGCCCAGAUGAAAAAGUUAGCAGCACCAAGAAGACCAGCGACACUCGUGACGAAAACGAACCUGAACCAGUUCAAAAGGAGCAUAUCGAACCACCACACGAGAGUCACCAUGAGGAAAGAGUUUCUGCUACAGCAGAAUCAGGAGCUACCACGACAGCACCAACUCUGCCGGAAGACGAACGCAUCCCACUAGACGAAAUCAAGGAAGAUCUUGUGAUUGAAGAGAAAUACGUCAAGGAGGAAACGAAAGAAGUAGAGGUUGCGCCUCCACCGCCAACAGUCUAUGAACCACUGGAAAGACCGACACCUGCCAAGAUGCACUUCAGUGCACAACAAGCUCACAUGCGGGAUGUUGUCAAAACACCAGAUGAAGUGGCGGACUUGCCAAUGCAUGAAGAGGCAGACUUCGAAGAAUACAGCGAAGACAAAGACAAAGAGGACGAAAAGGAACGAGACACUAAGGAAAAGCCAGAAGCUGUAGAUGCAGCCCAAAAGAAGGAGACUGAAGUGAAGCAACCCGAGAAGACUGAUAAGGUAGUAAUGGAUAAAUCGGCAGAAAGUGAUAAACUAUGUGAUACAGUUAAGGACGUCAAGCAAGAAGUGCAGGAAACCAUUGAAAAGGUUGAAAUUGAUGCAAUGGUUGAAAAACCACCAAAAUUGGACACUCAGCAGACGUCAGCCAAGGGUGAACAUGAUGAGGCAGCCGUUCUUAAAGAUCUCGAGUCACAAAUUAUCUCCAGUGAACCACAGGUUAAGAAACAGCCAGAAGUCAAAAAAGUACAGCAAGUUCCUGAACAAGCAACAACCGAUGUCGAUAACGAAGAGGACAAACAACCGGUCCACGAAGAAAUUGUUGUUGCCAAGAAGGUUGAACCUAAGGUACCUCUGCCAGAGCCAUCUGUUCUGGACGAAAUCUGGGGUGCACCGCAAAAGGCAGAAGAAAAACUGGAAGAACUAAAACAUAUAAUCGACGACAAGGCAAAGGAAACAACUUCGGAUCUGGUUGCCGUUAAAGACGAAAUGGUGAAAGAAAUAGUGGAACGUAAAGAAGAGAUCGUCGACAAGGUCAAACAGGAAAUCAUCGAUACCGACAAGAAGAUGAAGGAAACCGUUGUUGAGCUAGGAAAAGAAGCCGAAAAAGCUGCUGUGGAAACGGCUGAAGCAGUGGUCAAAGACAUUACUGCCAAGGUAGAUGCUGUUGGCGAAGACUUGCAGAAGAAAGCUCAACAGGUUGAUGAAAAAGUUGCAUCAGAAGUAGACAAAAUCAAAACCAGUGUUGAGCAGGCCGCUGCUAAGGCUGAUAGCGUUCUAGCCAGCAUUGAAAUGGAGAAGAAGGAGCUUGAAACAUUGGCAACAAACAUCAAGGAAGAAGUUAGCGUUAAGAUUGACGAUACCAAAAAACAACUAGACGAAGAACUUAACAAAGCCGUCGAGCAAGUGCAGGAAAAAGCGAAAAGUGGCAUCAGUUCAUUCUUUGGUGGAAUCAGCGAAAGUAUCAAAUCUGGAAUUGAAAAAGUAGCCGAUAAGGUUGAAACCAAGAUCAAAGAUAAGACCGAACAAGUCGAAGCUCGACUUCAAGAAGUAACUGAUAAGAUUGAAGAAUUGAAGAGCAAAGAGGCUGCAGAAGACGUAUGCGUAAAACAGGAAGUGGCCAGUGUUCCAGAACCAGCAGAGCAAGCUAUCGGGUUCGAAAAACCAUUCGGAUACGAGCGAACGUUUACACAGGAAUUGCGAGAAACACACAUCACUACGUUGGAUUCUCCGGUUACCGACGCAGAUAAGGUUGUUGACAUGAAGUCUGCAGUAAACAUCCCGCAGCACAUUGAUGAGGAUAAGGAGUUGGAAGAACUGGAAUCCAAACAAAUGACCAGCUCGUACAUCAUUGAGGAAGUCAAAUACUCAACCUUUGAGGAAGCUAACCUUAGAGAGAUUAAAGAGGAAGAGGAAGAAGAUCGUGUUACUCCCCCGCAGAAAGAUGAAAAGAAAAGUUCCUCUCCGAAACUCGAACCAAUUGUUGUUCCACAGCGAGCCAGAACCCCAGAGGACGUUGCCAAGAUUGUAGCCAAUGUUGCUGAAGUUCUGAAGUCAGAUAAGGAUUUAGAAGAAAUUAUUCCUGGCUUCGAUCCACAUGAACUAGAACGUAAACUGUCACAGGGAGCCCCUCGUGAAGAAGAUAUUGGAACCGUUCAAAGAAUGCUGGUUACCGCUAGCAGUGAAGAUGGUGGCGAAGAAACUGUAAUCUGUCCAGAUGGAACGAUUACAUUUUCCAAAACUGCCACUCCAGAACCUCCAGUUUCCGGUAAAACUACUCCGGAAAUCAAGGUUGAUGAGGAAACUGAACAAGCUAAACCAUCAGAAGUAAAACAAGAAAAACCAAAGCUUCCAGAAGUAAAACAAGAGGAAAAAUCCAGCCCAGCAUCAUCUGGAAAAUCUUCACCGGAUUUGAAGACUUCUCCAACUUCAAUCGAAGAAAAAGAUAAACAUGAAUUGCCCGAAAAGGUAGUAAUUGAAGCUAAGAAGACUCCUGAAAAAACAUCGGACGAUCGCAAGGAGUCUAUUGCGGAACAAUACGCCCAAAUUGAUGAUUCCAGGCGUGAGUCCGCCAUUAGCACCUUCAGCGAGCGCGAUUAUACGAAGGACGAAAGCUCGAUUAUUGACGAACGUGAUUCUUCCAGGGCUCAUUCGAUUUCAAGUCACAUCAGUGACUUGAAAGAAGAUGCAGCCGACGUCAAAUCUGUUUCCGAAUUUCUCAAAGAAUCUGACAAACAACAAGACGUAUUUUCCGAACCUGAGAAGCAGAAGGAUAGCUUGGCCAAGAAGAGCGAAGAAUUGUCCAGCCCAGAAUCUGUGACAAGCCAGAAAACUGUGUCUGAAAAGUCUGUUGCUGCGGAAGCGGUUGUUCCAACGAAAGCAGAAGAGAAGAUUCCACAAGAAGUCCAGUCAUCUAGACCGGAAUCGGCAACUGAUCCAAUCAGUCCAAAACCCUCGUCGGACAAGGCUGCUUCGCCCGCUGAACUAUCUCGUCCUGAAUCAGGAGCAUCAACUGAAAAAUCUCCAGUUGCUGAAUCCAAACCUGAUGCAUCGAAAGAUCGAUCACGGCCGGAUUCAUCAGCGUCACAUGCUAGUGAGAAGGCAGACACCAAAGAACCGUCUCGCCCGGAAUCAGCGGCAUCAGAGAAACCAAAGGAUGGUAAAAAGGAUGCUUCUCGUCCUGCAUCUGUUGCAUCCCAUGCAAGUGAAAAAGCUGCAUCCGACAAGAUGGAAACUCAGCAGGAUGACAAACAAGUCUCUCGCCCAGAAUCUGUUGCGUCCCAUGUAAGCGAGAAAGCGCCGUCAGAUAAGAUCGAAGCCCAGCAGGACGACAAACAAGUCUCUCGCCCUGAAUCUGUUGCGUCCCAUGUAAGCGAGAAAGCUCCAUCAGAUAAAAUCGAAGCAUCGAAGGAUGACAAACAAGUUUCUCGCCCUGAAUCUGCCGCAUCCUCUGAAGAACCAAUUGUCGAUCAACUGCAAUCGCAAACUGGUGAUAAGACACCAUCUACUAAAGAUGAAAUCAAGCCCGACGAAGCCAAGGGAUCGUCUCGACCAGAAUCCGUCGCAUCCCAAGUAAGUGACAAAGCUUCUUCAGAAAAAGAAGCUAAACCUGCAGAAAAGGAACCUUCCAUUGAUGCAGAGAAGUAUUCGGUUGAAGCCUCAAGAUCACAAUCCGUAGCUUCCCAUGUCAGUGAGGAAGCAUCACCUGAGAAGAUGGAGGACAAGACAGAUGAAACCAAGGAAGCUUCACGGCCAGAAUCUGCUGCAUCUCACAUUAGUGACAAACUGGCAUCGGAGCAGAAGGAAGAUGUCCAAGCUCAAAAGAUGGAAGCUAAGGAUGCCUCACGACCGGAAUCUGUCAUUUCAGACAAGAGUGAUAAAGCAGAAGCAAAACAAGACGUCACUAAGGAGUCCUCACGUCCAGAAUCAGUCGCUUCUCAGGUCAGUGAGAAGAUUCCAGAAGAAAAAACUAAGUCGGAGGAAACAAAAGAGGAUUCUCGACCCGAGUCAGUUACCUCACAAACUGCUGAAAAGAUUUUACCUGAAAUGACGAAGAAAGACGAUGACAAGCAAUCCUCCAGACCUGAGUCAGUAGCAUCACACGUUAGUGAAAAAUCUGUGGCAGAUAAAGCGGAAUCUAAGGAAGCAGAUUCUGAGGCAGCUUCACGGCCAGAAUCCGCGGCUUCACAUGUUAUUGACACAGAAGAGACGAAAAAAGAAGAAUCUAAGGAAGCUUCUCGACCAGCAUCUGCGAUUUCUCAUGUCAGUGAAAAAGAGGAUGGUAAAAGCACAACGUCUUCUGAGAAAGUUGUGACAAAAGCGGAAGAAGCUAAGGACGCUUCAAGACCGUUGUCGGCGGCAUCUCAUACCAGUGAAAAGCCUUCUUCUGACAAAGACGCCAAGGAUGAAACUCGACCAACAUCAGUCGCAUCACACAUCAGUGAAAAACUUGAUUCCGAAAAGAUGGAGGUCAAAGAAGCUUCAAGGCCUGAGUCGGGAGCAUCUCACAUCAGCGACAAAACAGAUGUUCAACCGAAAGAAGAUUCUAAACAAGCAGAAACAAAAGAAGUUCAACAACCGGGAGCAGCUUCUGAAACCACCAGGCCAGGAUCAGUAGCUUCUCAUGUCAGCGAAAACGUUUCCUCUCAGAAGGGUACGGAAGCUUCUCGGCCAGAGUCGGUGUCAUCUCAUGUCAGCGAAAAAGCUUCUUCUGAGAAAGGUACAGAAGCUUCUCGUCCAGAGUCGGCGGUAUCCCAUGUCAGCGAAAAAGCUCCUUCUGAGAAGAUUACGGAAGCUUCUCGUCCAGAGUCGGCGGUAUCCCAUGUCAGCGAAAAAGCUCCUUCUGAGAAGAUUACGGAUGCUUCUCGUCCAGAGUCGGUAGCAUCUUAUAUUAGUGAAAAGGCAACUACAGAAAAGGUAGACACCGUACAAGAAGCAACUAAGGAUGCAUCGCGACCGGUAUCGGUUGCUUCUAAUGUGAGUGAGAAGUCUGUUGAUAAACAUGAUACGACCAAGCAAGACGAGACUAAAGAAAUUUCACGACCAGAAUCGGUUAUGAGUGAGAUUUCCGGAAAAUUAGAUACAACACAAAAAGAAGCUAAGGACUCUCUGCAGUCUAAUGAAGAUGGAGAAAAACAUGUAAGUGACAAACCAUCUGAGAAGGGAGCUUCACGACCAGAAUCAGCUGCUUCUCAUGUGAGUGAAAAAGCCUCUUCUGAAAACGUAGAAGUUAAGGAUGCUUCGCGUCCAGAGUCGGUUGCUUCCCAUGUCAGUGAAAAGGCAUCAUCCGACAAGGCAGAUUCGAAGCAAACAGAAGCUUUGCAAGCUUCACGGCCCGAAUCAGUUGCCUCUCAUGUAAGCGACAAGGUUUCAGAUAAAGAUGAAAUCAAACUAGAACAAGCUCAAACAGUAUCUCGACCUGAAUCGGCUGCAUCUCAUGUGAGCGAGAAAGAAUCUGCUGAAAAGGCCGAUGCUAAGGAAGAUACCGCGAAAGUGAUGCCGACUGUCUCCCAAGCUACUGAAAAAGUAAGCGAGAAAGCAGAUGUCAAACAAGAGGAUGGUCAAGUAUCUUCUCGACCUGAAUCGGUGGCUUCCCAUGUCAGUGAUAAGGAAACUUCCGAGAAAACCGAAAUUAAACGGGGAACAAAUGAAAUAGCACAGCUGAAAGCGAUUGCAUCUCAGGUAAAUGAUAAAGCUUCAACUGGAAUGUCACAAGCAGUGAAGGUUGAACCAAAGGAACCAUCUAGGCCCGAGUCCGCAACUUCACAUAUCAGCGAGCAAGCUGACACCACCAAACUUGAUGAAAAAGAAAGUUCACGACCAGUUUCAGUUGCAUCUCACGUCAGCGAGAAGACAGAAACAAAACCAGAGACAAAGGAUAUGUCAAGGCCAGAGUCGGCUGCAUCGCAUACUAGUGAUAAAGAGCAUUCGAAGGAAAAGGAAUCAAAAUCAACAGUAGAAAUGAAGGAGCAGGUGUCAGAAACCAAAGAACCAUCUAGACCUGAAUCUGCAGCUAGCACUAUCGAUCAAGUUAUUGAGUCUAAGGUGGAUACUGCAAAGCCCGAGGAGAAGGGAGAUUCUCGACCUGCUUCGGUGAUUUCUCAAACAGGUGGAAAAACUGUAUCGGAUGAAAAAGAUAGUUCUGUUCCAGAAGCCGCUUCAAUUACCACCACUGAAAAAGCCACCGUUGACAGCACUCAUCAGGAGAAAGAAGUAUCGCGUGCCGGUUCGGUAGCUAGCGGCGUAAGCGACCAAACCCCGCUAACCAAUGGCAAACCAGAGGCUGACUCUCGGCCAACUUCAGCAGCAAGUCACGAAAGCGAAAAAGUGCCUUCAGGCAAAGCUUCCGAGAAAGAAGAAUCGAGAAUAGCGUCUGCCGUAAGCCACGUGAGUGAACCAGCUUCAUCAGAAAAACUCGAGGCCAAGUCAGAAGACAGAGACGCUUCACGUCCAGCGUCUUCAGCAAGUCAUGUUAGCGAUAAAACAACUGAUUCCAAGCAAGAAACAGCUGUUAACGAACAGAAAGAAGCCUCUCCUACAUCAGCAUCCAGUCUUCCUAAUGAGAAAGCAGAUUCCGACAAGCAACCCGCUUUAGAUUCCUUGCCCAUUGAUAACAAGGAGACUUCUCAACCUAGUGACAAGCCAUCAAGUGACAAGUCACCAGCAGCGGAAUCGAAGGCUGAUGAGAAGGAACCAUCCAGGCCUACAUCAGUCGCCAGUCAUGUAAGUGAAAAGGAUUCCCACAAGGCAGGAUCUGAUAAGGAACCUUCACGACCUGCGUCAUCUGCUAGCCAAGUAAGUGACAAGGGAACCGGAUCACACGAAACAGAAAGUACCAAGAUCCAGGAGAAGACGGAAACGAAAAACGAGAAAAGUCCUUCUCGCCCUGAUUCGGUUGCAAGCCACGUGAGUGAAACAGACAAGAAAACCGACGAAAAAACACAGUCACGUCCAGAGUCUUCAGCUAGCCAAGGUUCUUCGGAUAAAUCAACACCGAAAGAUUCGAAAGCUGAAGAUAAAGAACCUUCGUUGCAGGAAAGUGCAACUAGCGAAACCGUUGUGAAAGCCGCAGAAGGCUCUUCAACUGAGAAAGUAAUUGGAGAAGGAGAUUUUUCCCGACCAGAAUCACCAGCUAGCUGUUCUAGUGAUAAAGUUGAAACCGCAAAGGAAGCCAAAUCGACAUACGAAGAAAAGGACUUAGCUCGCCCAGAUUCUGCAUGUAGCUACCAUGGCGAAGCUAUACCUGGAGAGAAGUCUUUCUCGCGUCCAGAGUCCCCUGAUAGCUGUGCCGAUGAUAAGAUGGAAGAAGCAAAGGCACAGCCUGCAGAGAAACAUGACACCAAAGACGUUGAGGUGGAGCAACAAGUUGACACUGUGAAAGAUGCUAAAAAGGAAGAAUCAAAGGAAUCUACCGAGGAAAAAGAUUUCUCGCGCCCUGAUUCGCCAGCUAGUUGUGGAGACGAGCCCGAGCUGACGUCGAAGGCUGCGGAAUCCAACGUUCCCGAGAAACAUCUUGCUAGAGAAGACUCUGUCCAAAGCUAUCACGGUGAAUCAAUUCCCGGAGAGAAACAAUUUUCUCGGCCCGAUUCUCCUGCGAGCGGAGGUGAAGAUGAUACGGCCGAACCAGCAGUUAAAUCUAAGGAAGCUUCCAGGCCUGAAUCUGCUGCAAGUCAUGCCAGUGGAAAAGACAAGUCACCUGUUGCCAGUGAAGUAAAGGACAAGGAAGUCUCAAGACCUACAUCCGCAGCGAGUCAUGUUUCUGAUAAAUCAGGUACCACUGAAACUAAACCAGAGUCACGACGGGAGUCUACCGUGCAAGAAGAACGUCCAUCGUCAGCAUUGAGCGACCAUGCAGAUGCACAGGAAGAGAAAAUCUUUUUGAAAGAGUCUAGAUCGAAGUCGCUUUCGGCGGUCAUGUCUUCAACGCCUCAACGAAUCGGAUUUGAAGGAAGUGCAUUGGGCGUGUUGGAGGAAAGUGCUGCCACAUCGCGAGACGAUUUACAUAUUUUGAAAACUCCCCGAGAAAGUAUCACCAAGAUAGAGGAAAUGGUGUUCACGGAGAAAAAACAAACAUCGACUGCUUCCAGAACAGGUAUGUCGUUGUUUGGGCCGAGCCAAUUCCCUGCCGAUGAGAAAAAAGGAUCCGAAGGCUUCCCAAUGACAGGAUCUGAGCAUGAAAGCCCUGAUCAACCAGAUUCAAUCAUUCCGGGAGUCGAUAAACUCUUAAAAGAAACCGCUAGUUCAAUGAAGGAGAUAGAAAAAAUGUCUUCAUCAGUCAUUACAAUGAUCCAGACAACAGAGAAAAAAGACGAAUCAGUCAAACAGGAGAGCAAGAGUUCGACGCUCGCUUUUCCUCUACUGGACAGUGGAAAAUCAACGCCAAUGUCAGGUGACAAAGACAAAUCGCAAACUUCCAGUGUCAAGUCGGUUAGUCCUCAUGACAAGGAUUCGCUAGAAGGCAGUUCGGCAUCGUUGAACACGUUUAUUGAGAAGGAUAGUCUGUCGGAAAGUACCUCCAAGCAGGUAACAAUCAAGAUGAGCGCUGUGGAAGAAACCAUUGAUUCGAAGAGCAUGACUACAAGUACAAAAGUAGAGAGCGCCGAGUUGCUUGGAGGAUCCAAAACACCCCCAACAGCUCCCAUCAGUCCGAAUGUUUCAAAAGAGGAUUUCACUUUGGGACAGCAUAUUGAGAGCACCGUAACAAGUAGCAGUGCCACGACGGUUACCUCAACAAGCCAGACAGUGGUAAAGCAGCAAAAGGAAGAUGUGUCUGGUAUUUCAACACCUAAAGAGUCUGUACCAUCUGGAAAGAGCAGUCCGGGUCUAAUGUCCGUUCACACAGGUAGUACAGAUAGUGCGUCCAAGUCAAUCAACCUCGGCCACAGUUCAGGUAUUGAAACAUCAGAAUCAUCUCCGAAACCAACAUCUCCGUUCCCGAAAUUGUUGGAUACGUUGAAGACCGAUGAAGUCAAGACCAGCUCCGGAAUGAGUACUCCAGAUAUGACGCGUACCUCCACACCGGACAUGGUAGAUUCUCAGAUCGAGCGCAUUCCUGAAGAUAGCAAGGAUGAAGCGAAGCAAGAGGUUGUCACAACGACUACAACAACGACGAAGCGCUACAUCAUCAAGGAUGGUGAAAAGAUCGAAGUUGGAAGCACUGUCAAGACGGAGGUAUCAGGAGAUUCAAAGAAGGAUGAUGCCAGCAGCGCCGGCGAAUCAAUGUCCACAUCAACAACAACCACCACUACUACUACAAAGAUUGCCGCGAAAGAAGCUAUUAAAACUCCGAUUAAUCUCACCUUGGCAUCAACAGAAGACAGAAGUCUAACUGAAGAUUACGAUGAGAAGGAAGUGAUGUCCCCAAGAUCAGAUAUUUCCUCCGGACAAGCUUCACGAAUCGUUGCUGGUUGGCAUGACGAGGAUGUUCCAGGAUCUCCGAUGAGUGUAACUUCGCAAGCUCCACUGUCACCAAGCACGAAGUAUACCUACGAUUAUGAUCUGCAGCAUUCAAGUUCCGGUGUUAGCAAGAAAUCCGACAUCGAGAUCGACGACAGCCAGGAUGAAAUACCACCGCAAUAUGGAAGCGAUGAGGUUAAAUCGGCAAUCACCAUCGCCUCAGCUUACAAACCCGAUCCCAUGAGCACUUCCUUCUAUGGACAGCUACCAGACGUAUCGGAUACAGCCGUUACUACUUCUGUAACGUCCACAAAGUCUGUUCCAAUCCCAAUUUCAGCUGGCAAAGCGUUCGCCAAGACUUACAUGGAGUACGCUUCCAGUGGAGACAGUAGCGUAGACUCUAGUCAUGUUCAUAAGACAGGUGACCGCAAAUUCCUAGAUGAAGCCGAUCUUGACUUUGAAAAAGCGUUCAUGAAGUCUGACAAAGUAGAUUUGAUGACCCAGUCAAUGCACUUCUCCAGCGAAAAGGAAUUCAUGGCUGCAACGACAACAACAUCGUCCGCUAUGACGACGGUGGCCGAUAGCAGUAAGAAGGAACUAGACUUCACUGCCAGCGGUCUACCGGCUACAAUAACAGCAUCGCAAGCACAAACUACUACCGCAGGGCAGUCCAGCAGUACUGCUACAACUAGUACAACUACCAGUCAACAGUCUCAGCCAGACAAAGACAAGGAUCCACUAGCAUCGUGGGGCAAGCCGUUGGGACUACCUUCGCCUGCGCCACUGAAUGACGAAAACAUGAAGACCACCCCCAAGAAGGAGCGCAAGAUGAUCCUGAGCAAGACGAAGCUGAACAACGAAAAGAACCUCCGGAAACGGUCGGAAUCGCCGAUCAAGUCGGCGAAGAAGCCCGCUCCGGUCUACGUGGACCUGUCGUACGUGCCGCAUCACGGAAAUUCCUACUACGCCAAUGUGGAGUUCUUCAAGCGGGUCCGAGCCCGGUACUACGUCUUCUCCGGAACGGAACCGAGCCGCGAAGUGUACAACGCCCUGCUGGAGGCGAAGCAAACGUGGGAAGAUAAAGAAUUAGAGGUAACUAUCAUUCCAACAUACGAUACGGACGUGCUCGGUUACUGGGUCUCGGAGAAUGAAGAUCUGCUCGCGAAGUACCACAUUGACCUGUCUCCGUCAGCGGCACGCUGUACAAUCAACCUGCAGGACCACGAAACGUCGUGUUCUGCCUAUCGACUGGAAUUCUAGGCGAGCGGGAUAUUUGUAGCAUUUUCCAGCGAUAUCCAUACGGUCCACACACAGUCCCAGGGUGGAUCCUCGCCGAGAGACUCCUCGAUUGCCGCUACGCCAGCAGCCGUCGCCGGAGCCACCAGUGAGGAAGUGCUCCUCCGUCAUGCCUAAACCUUCCCCGGCUUGAAAUCCGUAGUAGAAGACCCAGGAGAAUGAGACACGGUUCAAAUCCUGUAUACAUCUUUUACUUGUAGGGUUAUGUUUUUAGACCAUUAGGGAUCCCUAGGAUCUCUAGAAUUUAGCAACAGGGUCUCUUUCUGGUAGCUGGAAAGGGGCAAACAAUUCGAAUUUCCAAUACUAUUUAUUGAAAUUUGUUAGUUUCGUUUCAAUUUAGAAAGAAGACGAACACACAUGAAUUCUAACAUACACACACAUACACAUAUUUAUACACAAAACACAUCUUUAAUGUUCUGUAAUAGGUAAUAGUUAGUAUUUAUCAAACAGUAGCCUAACAAAUGGAUGGAACAAAACCAAUACCUAGGAGAAGACAAUUAAUAUGAGCUUAACGAUCACAAAUACAAACAGAAAAAGGACAUAAUCCUUAGUAGAAAUCGGGCCUCCUCCUCUGUAAUAGAUAAUUGCGCGAUCUAACCUCAACCACACUGACCGUCAUGACUGAAGAAAAAAAAACUAGAACAAAAUAGCAAGCUAAAACAUCCCAAAGCUAGUCGUCGUUUGCGUUGUCGAGGAUAGAGAGAGUCUAACCGAAUCUAGGAGCAAAUUCGAAUCAGUACCUAUCAAAUACAGAACAAAGCUAAAACCAACACGCGAUGAGCGAGUCGUAGUGAAUCGUUGAAGGUUUAUUUAAUAAACCUAACAGCAGUGCUAGAACAAGGUAGCUAGAGUUGUGAUAAAGUUUUAAAGGUAAUAAAACUGGCUACGGCAAAAAAAAAACGCAAAUUCUCAAUUCACAUCAAUCGACAGUAAGCACUGAAAACGUAUCUUCUUGAUCAAUUCUAAAUUCAAAAUGGCCGUAGCUAUUGCUCUGUGAAAGUGCUUACAGAUUCUAUUUUUUUUCCAACAAAUCUAAUGCUGUUAGAUAAACUUGAAGUGUGAAACAAUUUCUCCUCGUUCGACAGUCGCUACAUUUCAGUCUCGCAGAGAAAUGCAAAAAUCGCGCACGCAACUUCCGUCUAAAGUAUUUUUCAGAAGAUAAACAUACAUACACACAAACAUGCACGCGCGCGCCAUAUUUUAGAGAGCACUUUUGACACAUUCGAACCGACAGCCAAGAAACCGACGCCAUUUUGGAAGUAUUUUUACACCGAUCAAUAAAUAACGUUUAGUAGAGGAACUUUGAACGAAACAAUUGAUAUGCUUAUUGUUCAUGCAAAACGUAAAAAAUAACGCCGAUUUUGUCAUUACUUUUGCGAGAAAGAGACUGUCGAGAGGAGAAGUGCAAGAAAACUAAACGGGACAUUCUUAUCAAAUUAGUAGAACUAACAUUACGAAGAAAUCCUCACAUUCACUUAUAUAUUUACGAUUAUAAGAUCUAUUGACACGUUGGCCUGUUAAAUGACAUACUUGUCGCACUAUAAAGGCAAAUUAUCGAGAUCGUAUAUUUUUAUAUACACAAACAGAAUAAAGACAACUCUUACACGGGAACGUCGGAAAUGGAGCUUGGCUCCGGGAAAAUAAUGACAAAGACAAAAUCUUGAAUGUUAAGCGAUGGUUAUUACAAAAAAAAAUCUCUUUAAUCUUGAAUAAACAAAAUCCCGCUAAUAUAUACAUCAUAGAGAGAUAACAUGACAAUGGUAACAUAAAAAAAUGUGUACUAACACUAUCAAAAUAGGAUGAAAAACUAGAUUGACGUUCAGUUCCUCCUCUUCCUUGAAACUAUAAACACAAUUCUCUCAAUACAUCACGAGAUUCUAAAAUUGACUUUUACUAUAAACCUGCAAACUUUAAAACGCAAUCGGGAGAAACCCGAAAACAUGGGCAAACUACUUUUACCAUAGAUGAUGAUCGGAAAGAAUCCUACGGCAUUCGUUUGGUGAUUCCAAAUAUUACCGAAAAGUACCUACUUCAAUCACCCUUCACCUGAAACCCAAGACCCGUUUCUACACAUGCUGUAUUAUGAUACCUAUUAGUUUAUCCUGCUGGUAAAUUUAUGACAUAAAACAAGUUUCUUAGAAUAAAUAAAAGAAAAAGUUAUUCUCGAACGAAUAUUACAAUUACACACACAGUUGAUCGAUACUAACAAACAUAAAAAAGAACAAACAAAUCUUAGAAACUAAAAGAAAAUCUUAGUGAUGUUUAUGCCAGCUAAUACUUAUUAAAAACUGUUACGUAUAUUUAGACAUCAACAGGCAACCAAAAGUUAAAUCCAAAAAAAAGGAAACAGUGCAGUUACAGCUUACAGCCGCAGAGCAUUGUAGAUCGUAUGAACGAACCGGAACUGGAAGCGCAGAGGAUUGUUGAACAAAAAUGGACGAUUUUUUAUACGCGAUUUUAAGCUUUUAUAGUAGUGAUGAUGAUAAUGACCACAUGACACAACAGCUUAACAACAACCACGGAUAGAAUCCUCCCCAAAAUCAAAUCGAGGCCGAUCCUUCAGGAAAAAAGGCUCCCAAAACAGAUAGUUAGAAUUUAUGGAAAACAAUACCUAACAAAAAUCCAAUCGCUUCGUUUCCACGUUGUCAAAAUCUAAGUAAGCAAUGAGUUUCGCUUGAUUAUCGUUGCCUGCUAUGUUUUCGUCGUUAUGUUUGGCUGCCAUAUUGGAAAACGCUUUCAUUUCCGUGGUCUAAGUUGGCCUUUGAAGGGUACCGUGAAAGCUCAUCCAGAACAAGAGCAUAAUAGUGAGAACUGGGCUGAGUACCUGCUCUUUUGUGAAUGUUUAUGAAUGUUAUGAGCCAACUACGAGUUAGAAGGAAACUUAUAAAACCCAAUAAAAAAUCGUAGUGAGGUGCUAGGGAAAUGCCGGAAAUGCCUUUUCUUGGGAAGAAACUAUGAAAUAAAAACGCUGAAAAGCAAAAGUGUGUCGCUUUAGUAAACGCUAAUUCUGCACGUUGUGAUGAACGAACAGCAAAAGAUAGUUUGUGCAAAUCAAUAAAUGCAUGUCAAAGACUUUUUCGAUGUGAUUUUACAAUUUAAUUUAUUUCGUUGACGGUUAGUUUUUACGUUUUGCAAAGCACAGCUGUGCGUAUUGUAGUAGCGUUAGUGCAGAAAUACAGUUUUAUUGAGUUUACGCGACAGUUUACGCGUUGAGUUGAUUAAUCCUUGGUUCAUGAAAAGGAUGCAAAGAGAAGACUAAGAAAACAAAUAAAACAAAUGAUAUUAGAUUUAAAAACCGAAGUAUGGAAACACUUUUUGGAGGUAACAAAUAGAAGACACAUUGCAUGUAUUAAACUAGCGAAACAAAACAAAACUAUUUAAUCUGUCAGCUGAAUUAUGAUUAUGGCAGAGUAAUAAGACAAAUGAAAAACAAUUUUAGCUUCAUCUAGUCAGUUGAUUCGAUGUUUCGUCUGUUAAAUGAUUCCUUAACAAAAACCAAAAUCAAAACAUGCCUGCAUUGCACCUUUUCAUCAUGCGAAAACAAAAAUCAGCAUUCUCCGUGAUCGUUCGAUUACGAUGGUCAGAUGGAGAGAAACAGCACUUGAUGCAUUUGUCACAAAGCGCAUAAAAUAAUGAUCAUUCAUUCUCAGAGCCGACACAUUACCAACUUGAAACAGAUAAAUUAUCGCACGCCGCUGAUUCUCAGUGAUCCCAAACACGGUCAGGAUAACGAAAAGACACGUAAAUUCCAAUCACCACACGACAUCAUUGUUAUGAUGCGUCGUCAUCCAUAGAAAACAAGAUAUUAUAAUGACACAACAUCACUAACAAACAGAAAAGAAGAAAAACCACAACACAUAUAAUUAUUCAAUAGAGAGAAGAAAAAAAAUAACAAAUUCCAUAUAAAACAAAUCAAUUUAAUUGAACAUGAAAAUAUAAUCUAUUAUUAUGAUGUAUGGUCAAAUAAAAACACAAUACAAAAAAAAUCUGUAUUCAAAAAUCAAAUAAAAAGUAUAAAAGUGAAAAUGUAAAUAAA